AUGGAGAUGACGAGCAGCACGAUGGUGAAGCCGGUACCGCACCCGCUCGUCGGUGAGAAGGUCCCGCUGACCAUCUUCGACCGCGCUGCCGUGGACGUCUUCGUCCCCACCAUGCUCGCGUACCCUGCGGCUGCGCCGGCGAACGAGGCGCUCAAGGAAUGCCUUCUCAAGGCCGUGGCGCCGUACCCGCACCUGGCGGGGCGCCUUGCCGUCGACCAGCUCGGCCGGCGCUUCCUCCACGUCAAUAAUGAGGGCGUGCACUAG